UAAAGAGCGUAAAUAAAAAAGGCGGAUACGAACUUUCAUUUCCAUCCAUCCAGCUCGCAUCCUGGAAGAUGAAAAGCUUGAUGUUUGAAGUGCUUUGUUUAGUUUGCGUCCUGUCCUCCAUCCGCGGCACACCGGCACCGGACACCGAGACCCCGAGCACCAGCACGAGCUGCGCGUCCUGCGGGCUCCCCAAGACGGAUGGACCGGCGCGGGCGGACGGGGAUUUCCUGGAGGCGGUGAAGAGACACAUUUUGAGCCGCUUGCAGAUGCGGGACAGACCCAACAUCACACACCCCAUCCCGAAGGCGGCGAUGGUGACCGCGCUCAAGAAGCUGCACGCCGGAAAGCUGCGCGAGGACGGGCGGGUGGAGAUCCCGAAUCUGGACGGGCACGCGGCGUACAUGCACGAGCUGGAGGAGGAGACGUCGGAGAUCAUCAGCUUCGCAGAGACAGAUGAUUCUCUGACCUCCAAGACCAGUUUAUUCUUCAUCAUCUCCAAUGAGGGAAACCAAAACCUGCAUGUGUCCCAGGCCAACCUGUGGCUCUACUUCAAACUCCUGCCCAGCGCUUUAGAGAAGGGCUCCCGGAGGAAAGUCACCGUCAAAGUGUACUCGCAGGAGCCCGGCGUCAGCAGCAAGUGGAAUUUGGUGGAGAAACGUGUGGAUCUUAAACGCAGCGGCUGGCAUACGUUCCCACUGACAGACGCCGUACAGAUGGUUUUCUCAAAAGGAGACCGACGACAAAAUCUGGACGUUCGAUGUGAAGGUUGCGACAAGAUGGGAGUCGCUCCAAUAUUAGUGAACAGCGCCGACGAAUCCCAUCGACCUUUCCUUGUGGUUCAAGCGCGGGUGGCGGACAACAAACAUCGAAUUCGCAAACGAGGCCUGGAGUGCGACGGAUCCAACAGCUUGUGCUGCCGACAGCAGUUUUACAUCGAUUUUCGCCUCAUUGGCUGGAACGACUGGAUCAUCGCGCCGUCGGGGUAUUUCGGGAAUUAUUGCGAAGGGAAUUGUCCGGCGUAUAUGGCUGGAGUUCCCGGAUCGGCUUCAUCUUUUCACACAGCUGUUGUAAAUCAAUACCGGAUGCGAGGAAUGAGUCCGGGAUCCAUGAACUCCUGCUGCAUCCCUACUAAACUCAGCACCAUGUCUAUGCUGUAUUUCGAUGAUGAAUAUAAUAUUGUGAAGCGCGACGUGCCGAAUAUGAUCGUGGAGGAGUGCGGAUGCGCUUGAGGAAACAUGGAAUAUUCCGAAAGCUACUAAAAUAAUAUCAUAAUGCACUGUAAAAAGCUAUUACUUAACUUAUGAAUAAGAGAGUAAACUCGUUAGUGUUAUAAUUAAGUAAACAAACUAUGUGCAUACUUAAAAGUUAAGUCAAUGGGUUGUAAAAUCAACAAAUGUGUCAAAUCAACUAGUUGGCUUUAAGGGAAUGGGUUUACUCACUUUAUUUAAUUAAGUAACUAAUUGCUUUUUACAGUGUAGGUGUAAAAAUUCAGCUUUUUUUAAUCACCUUAACUCUCGCCCCAACUUUUUGAGGAUACACUGUAAAAAGCAAUUAGUUGACUUUACUUAAAAGACAGUAAACUUGCUGGCUUACAGUUAAUAAGUGAACAAACUAAGUGCAUCGUUAUACUGUCAAUGGGUUUACUCAGACAAACAGUACGUUUAC